AUGCCUUUUGACGGGCUUAACAUGCUGUCAAAAAUGUUCCUGAUACCAUUUUUGUGUAUCAUGUCAUCAGGAUUGCUAAGUGCUGCCAUAAUGUCCUGUAAAACUGAUGGUGACUGCCCUGCGAAUCAUUAUUGUUAUAGUAUGACUAAUGUUUGUGCUGAAUGCAUACCGAAUUUUUGUAGCAGAUUCCAUCGAAAAGAUUCCUCCUGGAAGAAAUGUCAUACUGAGCCGACAGAUUGUGGACCAUGUUUGUCUGGCUAUGAAGAAGAAUAUUUCAGUGAUGGUACCACACGAGCUUCAUGUAUUUUGUCACAUCAGCCAACGCCUUCUCAGUAUUCUGGAUAUCAAGCCUCUCCUGAAGGCUUUUCUCCAAUUCCAACUUACCUUAUUGGGUUCAUAGGAUGUACAUUGGUACUUAUGCUUGGUUUUUUUAUGUAUAAAGCAGUACGCCGCCCAACAGUCCAUAUUAUUCGACCUGAUGAAACAGAGAUAAGACCAAUGAACCAUUCAAGCAAUAAUGAAAGUUUAAAUAAUUCUGAUGUUUAUGAACCGUCUGCACCCAUUCUUCCUGCAUAUAGUAGUGUAGAUCCAUUCAGAACUUGUGGGAACGAUUUAUGUGAAAAUGAUAGGAAUACCGAAGAUUGUUGUCGAUAUAAGGUUGAAAUAAAACAGCCCCUUGAGUGUAGCGAUUAUAUGUUUGAAGUUAAAAACCCUGAAACUUGCCGAUUAGUGGAGUCUGCUAUCUUCAGGAGACCAGAUUAUGAAGAUGAGAAUAUAGAGAAUGUGACCAAUACACAUGAUAAUGAAGAUGACGAAGAAGAUCCUGAUAGUCAAGAAGCAGAAGAGGAUACAAAUAGAGGUAACUUAUUGAUACCUCCUGUACAUUACCACGAUGAAAGCACCCUCCCCAGCACCUGGACUCCAGAACCUUUGCAAGUUGAAGUAGAAAACACCAGUCUGCCAACUAAUCCAGAAACCACCAAAAGGCCCAGCACUGAGAUGGUUUCAAGUGAAAGUGAAGAUGAACAGAACCCCAAGCGUAGCUGUAAUAACGGAAAUGAAGAUGAUGAAGCUCCUUCUACAAGAAUAUUCCGUAACUUUCGGUUAACUUUUACUAGGCAAAACCAAAACACUAGUGCCAAUAAUUCUCAAAACAGAAACCCAGAAAGUCCUACAAAAGAUAAAUGA